AUGAGGUACACGCUCACUUCCCUCCUCGCGGCCACGGCAUCUUCCGCGUCCGUCAUCGAUUUGCACCAGACCCCGCAGGAACCCCGGUCGUCUUCACAUCAUCAUCCGGGGAAGUGGUGCGAUAACUCACCCACAUCCCGGAACUGCUGGGGAAAUUACAGCAUCGACACAGAUUACUACGCCACUAUUCCUCAUACUGGAAAGACGGUCGAGGUUUGGCUUUCUGCGCAGGAAGGGAUAUGUAACCAGGAUGGAUACAACCGCCCUUGCAUGACCUUCAACGGCACUAUCCCCGGCCCCCUGAUAACCGCCAACUGGGGGGACGAUCUUGUCAUUCAUGUGACCAACAAUCUCGAGUCAAACGGUACUGCCAUUCACUGGCAUGGGCUUCGUCAGCUCAACACCGUACAGUAUGACGGCGUCCCCGGUGUCACCCAGUGCGCAAUCGCUCCAGGGGAAACUCUCACAUACAGGUACAAGGUCAGCCAGUAUGGAUCAACCUGGUACCAUAGUCACUUUUCGCUCCAGUAUUCCGAAGGUCUCUUUGGGCCCAUGGUCUUCAACGGGCCGGCAACAGCCAACUACGACGAGGACCUCGGCGUGCUUUUCCUCCAGGACUGGUCGCACACUACCGUCUUCCGAGCAUGGGGUCACAAGCAGAGAUACGGCAUCACGCACUCUCUAAGUAAUCUUCUCCUCAACGGCACCAAUACAUUCGAUUGCUCCGCCCAUGAUUCGGAUCCCAACUGCGUCGGCGGCGGCAAGAAGUUUGAGACGGUGUUCAAGCCCGGGAAGAAGCACCUCAUCCGCCUGGCCAAUGUGGCACUCGACAGCCAGUUCCGGUUCAGCAUCGAUGGGCACAAACUCAAAGUCAUUGCCAACGAUCUUGUGCCCAUCGAACCGUACGAGACGGACAGCGUGGUGAUCAGUGCUGCCCAACGAUACGACAUCGUUGUUGAGGCCAACGCGAAAUCGGACAACUACUGGAUGCGCGCGGUGUGGGUGAACACUUGCUCGGCUGUGGCGAACGACAAUCCCAACUCCGGCACGGGCAUCGUGCGGUACGAUGCGUCAAGCGUCGCUGAGCCAACGACCACUUCCAACGUUAUGCUCCCAGCUGGGUGUGCUGACGAGCCUGGCGAGAGUCUCGUCCCGUAUGUAAAGGUCGACGUCGGUAACAUUGCUGGGACCACGCUAGAGAACCUCAACAUGCGUCUCACACAUGAAGGCGUGUUUCAGUGGACCAUCAACAGCAGCACCUUGAUCAUCGACUGGGCCAACCCCACGCUCAAGCAGAUCUUUGACGGAGUCGAUCUCUUCCCUACGCCGUACAAUGUGGUACCGGUGGACAAAACGUCCCCUGAUCACGCCGGAGAUGAAUGGGCCAUUUUGGUAAUCGAGAAUGUCGCAGCUGGGGCCUUGGGCGAGGUCGCACACCCCAUCCACCUGCACGGGCACGACUUCUGGAUUCUCGCUCAGGGUUACGGAACACACUGGGAUGGGACACAGGACUCCUUCCAGUUCACGAACCCACCACGGCGAGAUACGGCCAUCCUGCCAGCGCAUGGAUACCUCGCCAUCGCCUUCCGACUGGACAAUCCCGGCGUGUGGCUAGUUCACUGUCACAUCGCUUGGCACGCCAGUCAAGGCUUGUCGCUGGAGUUCGUGGAGCGGAGGGGCUCCAUUUCCGUCCAGGGACAGGACAGGAAGGUGUUCGAUGAGACAUGCCAGGCGUGGGAUAGGUGGGAGAGUCAGAGUGGAGGCCCACCGUUUCCACAGCUUGAUUCGGGGAUUUAAG